UAUGAAUAUCAGGAGAAUAGCGACAUCCCAAGUAUGUAGAAAGCAUCCACUUCGAUUUGGGAAAAGAUCAGGCAGUUACAGAAUGGACCUAUAGGUCCGUGUUACAAUUACCAACCCAUGUAAAGGGAGGUAACUGCGUUGGUAAUUUAGCGUACUUGCACAUCAUUGUUGUCUGCUGCCGUCGUUUACAACAGAGAACAGUUUUAGAAAACAAGAGCUCCACAGUUUGUUUGCCGCUUAACUAAGAUGGCUGUCAAUCAUCCUUUCAUGCAUAUCAAGACAAGGCUAUUUGGCAUUAGAAGAAUUUGGAGACCCCUCGCAGUUGGUUGUCGACAUCUACACAGAACCUCAGCCGCAAUGGCAGACAAAAAGUUGUUUACCCCUGGACCAUUAGGAACAUCGGAGACAGUGAAGCAGGCGAUGCUACGCGACCUUGGCUCCAGGGACCUAGAGUUCAUCAGCAUUAUCAAGAAAAUCCGGGCUGGCCUCCUUGAUGCCGCAGGUGUGUCCAGUGCUGACUUUACAGUUGUGCCAAUGCAGGGAAGUGGAACGUUCGCAGUUGAGUCUGUCUUCCAAACAGCCUGCAAUCGGGAGAACUCACAGGUGUUGUGUAUAUCAAGUGGGGCAUAUGGUGCACGACUGGGACGGAUAUGCGAGGUGAUGGGCCUGCGUCACCAGGUGCUGUCCUUUCCGGAGGAUGGGAGUGUGGACCCUGCACGUGUGGAGGCCGCACUCAGAGCCAAUCCAUCAACAACUAUGGUUGCCAUCGUCCACUGCGAGACCAGCUCAGGAAUCAUCAACGAUGUCAUUACUGUCGGCAAAACUGUUAAAGCAAUUAUUCCAGACUGUGAUGUCUUUGUUGAUGGGAUGAGCAGUUUUGGUGCUGUUCCCCUCGACGUGGGGGCGGGGCAGGUAGAUUACCUCGUCAGCUCUGCCAACAAGUGCCUUCAGGGUGUCCCAGGGUUCGCCUACAUCAUUGCCAGGCUUUCCAAGCUUCAGAAAUGUAAAGGAAACUCCAGAAGCCUCAGCCUGGACGCGUACGACCAAUGGGAUAACCUAGAGCGGACGUCACAGUUCCGGUUUACCCCACCAACCCACACCAUGCUGGCCUUCUCACAGGCUAUGGAGGAGUUCCAACUGGAGGGUGGAGUACAGGGCAGGGCAGCUAGGUAUAAAGAAAACUGCACAGUAUUGAAAGCAGGUAUGCGGGAGAUCGGAUUCAAGGAGUUCCUCGCCCCACAUCACGAUGGCUACAUCAUAACAUCAUUCUGCUUCCCCAAACACAAAAACUUCAACUUCAACACCUUUUAUACAAAACUUAAUGAAAGAGACCAAGUUAUUUACCCGGGGAAGGUGUUGAAUGCUGAAUGUUUCCGGAUAGGUAAUAUAGGGCACCUGUUUCCUGCAGAUGUACGACACCUACUGGGCUGUAUACAGGAAGUCUGCAAAGAAAUGGAUAUACCAUUGCCCAUCACCGAGUAGGGGGUCGGGGAGAACAGGACAAGGGGUGGGAUUUGAGUCUUUUAACUACAAAUAUUGAUACUCUUUAAAUAAAAAAUGAGCCAAGAUGGUUGAAAAUGAGUCCUAUGGAAGAGGUCAUGUUAUUAAAAAAACACAGACAAAUCCAUUUGCAACACAUAGCGGUAUUAUAAACCAACAUAUAAGUAGCAAAACAGAUUCAGAUUAUAAAAAGACUUAGUUGGGUAAGAAACCUAUUUAAGAAAUUUUAUAAGCAAGUCAUUUGCAAGCUUUAUAACUUUACCAUAACAAGUUUCACAAAAUUGGUAUUCGAUAGCGACAACUGUAAGAUCUUAUAUCUUUUUAUCAUAUUAUACAUUUGUCGCCAAACAUGAAGAUUUUAUUAAAUUUUGGGUAAAGUUUGAUGAUAAUUUUAAUAGAGCGAAAUUACUUCAAUGUCAAGUUAUAUAACAUAUGUGUAUAUGAAAAAAAUACAGUAAUGAUUGUAUAACACUCGAAACAAGCAACAUCAUGUGAUAAAUAUAGCUGGUGUCACAUGUUUGGUUACAACAGUUUUGUAUUAAGUUCACAUUAUGCUUCAUAGGACUCAGUGUAUUGCUGAAUUGACAUGAUGCCAGAAUCAAUCUACGUCUGCUCUCCAUCUUGAAAUCUAUCACAUCUUGCAUCUUUGUCUGUAUUUCCUGUGGGUCAUUUUCCAAUUUGAAGGUUAUGAAUAUCAAUUAAGGUGGUCUGGCGUCAUAUCAAUUCUUCCAAUACAAAGUGAUUUGUCUUUUUGUAUAAUAUUAUUCUAGCCAUACUUAAUAGGCAUUGACUGCCAAAGAUUGUAAUAAUGAUAUUUUGAUUGCUCAAUAAAUGUUAAGUAUUGUAAAUCUAUUUUGUCAAAGUAUUGUUAAUCUAUAUGGAAAUGCUAUUGUCAGAAAAAUGUGUUCAGUCUUAUAUAAACACAAUCAGUUCAUUGUAUUCUUUAAAUGUAUGACAGUGGUCAAGUGAUACAUGGGUCAUUCUCUCAUCAAAGAGGUACUGACAUUUGGCUCAGAAAUUUGGGGAUUCAAGGAAUGUAAUGAGAUUGAAAAAGUACAGCUUUUCUUUUGUAAAUAUAUUUUCGGAGUUAAGAGUUCUGUAAAUUAUUGUGUGGCUUUAAGUGAAUGUGGUAGAUCACCAAUGUUCACUAUUUAUGUCUCGAAAUGUGUAAAAUAUUGGUGCAAAGUAUUACAAAUGCCUGAAAAUAGAUUACCGAGAAAUUCAUAUAUUAUGAUAAAAAAUCUGGAUAGUUUAGGAAGGCAUACUUGGGCAACUUAUGGGAGAUAUAAAUAUAUUUAUGUGUCAUUUUAAAAUAAAAAUUGCUGAUUGUUGUAGACAAACAUGGCUUGGUGAUGUAAAUAAUUCCUCACAUUGUGAUACUUAUAAAUGCUUCAAGUCUUUAUUGAAUGUUGAAAGAUACCUUAAUAUCAGUUUACCAUUUCCUGUACGAAAAUCAUGGGCUAGAUUUAGAACAUCUAGUCAUAAACUCCAUAUUGAAAUUGGUCGAUUUUUUUGUAUUGAUAGAAAUGAUUGCUUUUGUAUUUAUUGUUUAUUGGAUAAAGACAUACUUGUUAUUGAAGAUGAAUAGCAUGUAUUUUUUAAGUGUUCAAGAUUUAAUGACAUCUGGGAAAAUUAUUUGUUCUCUUGGUAUCGGGAAAUACUGACAUUGUUCAUUUCUAUAAUAUGAUGGCAUUGGAAAAUGUUACCCAUAUUAAAUCCAUUGCUCUUUACAUUCAUAAACUCAUGUUAGCCAUAGGUAACACUUAACUUGUUAACCAAGAGACACAACACUUAUUUAGUUAAAUAUAUGCAUUUUGUUAUAUUUGAUUUGCAUCGUAACAUGUAUUAUGGGCUGGAGGCCUUUUAUUGAAUAAACUUUCAUUCGUUUAAACGUAUGAGAGUGGUCAAGUGAUACAUGGGUCCUUCUCUCAUCAAAAAGGUCUCAGAUUUGAUCCCCCAUAGGGGAAUUUGCUCAUUGCCUCUUUGUCAGUUUGACACGAGUACUGGUUUGUUCCCAGGAAACAGACUCAAAUGUGAUCAUAUAGUUCUCAGCUUCCUCACAAUUGAGCUUAAAGGCAUUGUAAUAGAGUAAAUAUAUUUUGUGCAUAUCAAUAUGCAUUUGUAUAUGGUGCCAGGUUAUUCUCUGUCUCAAUUCAUGUUUCACCACAUGAUCUUAAACUUGUCUCAUCUUAAAAUACAGUAUCUCCAAUUACGAUGUAAACUGGUAGAUAAUUAGACAUACAUUGUAUAUGCAUAAUGUAUUGUGAUUCAGUCAAAUUUAGAUGCCUAUUUAUCCCAUAAUACUUUGGUACCAUUUUAAAUGGUUUUAUUUGAGGGAAAGUAAAUGAAGAAUCCAUACCAAGUUUGCACUACAAUUACCUUAUUUAUAAUGUUUUUGCAGUUAAUUAUGUUGCGUAUAAGUAAAUAUCAGACGAUACACUUUCAUUUGAAACCACAACUUUAUAAAAGCUUCAACAGGCAUCGGAGUUAAACUAUACCACCAAUGACCUGAUAGAAUGAUGAGCUUAUGCACCAGUCAAUUGUUACCACGGCCCCUCCAGGUCUAGGGAAUAGCGGGGACUUUGACUUUCGAUCCAGCCAAGCUCGGGUAAAAACCCCGCCCUGCGGGGACGAACUGAUUGUUAAAUCCCCGCCAAAUGCCCCCGCACCCCAGUGACCCUAAGUAAGGCACAUUCCCCGCUAUAUUUUGCUCGAAUACAACACCACCGCAUUCACCCGGCACUGCGGGCCACCGGGAUGGUAAAAACACGGCCCUUUUCCCCGGCUAUCCCCAGUAUACCCCCGGACCUUGGGGGGCUGUGGUUACAAUUGACUGGUGCAUUAUUUGUUCCUUAAGGUGCAAAUACCAAUCUUAUUUUGCAAUUUUUUUAUUUUUUCGAGUCCUUCUUAUUGAACAUUGGUUGCAUGUUUAAGUGUAUAUGUCUUAUGUGUAUGGAUACGGUCUAAUAGCUUUAAACAGAUGUGCCUUAUUAUCAUGUAUGACAUUCCAUAUUUCAUAAUAGCAGUAUGUAAAUCAACUGUUUUCAGUAACUGUAUAAGAACAAUCAUUUUCUGACACUCUUAGGCUGGGCAUUGGUAGACCAUGUUGUCAGCAUUUUAUGUAUUUACACAAAUUACGAUUUUUUAUAAGCAGUUCAUCUUUUAAGGCAAUAUCUGUUUACAAUAUUGUUUACAUAAGUAUUUCAACAUUGUACCUAAAUAGUAAAUACACAUCGAUUUUUUUCAAUUCCACACAUUUUAUAUUGCAUUUGUUCUAUACUUAUUUUUUAGAAAAUUUACUUGUUGAUAUUAAACUGUUUGCUACGAUUAUAAGAAUUCCAAAGAAGUCUUUGAUUACUGUCCAAUCAGAUGGCUUUAUCUGCUACGACUAGAAGUGUCGACUUCACACUAGAAUGACAUGUUAAGGUAGAAACCUUCACUUCUUAACACAGAAGUUUCAGUGGCUACAUAUUCUAUGAGCAUGUAAAGCUAUCAUCAGAAAUAUAUACAAGUAGUCAAGCAUUUCAGAUUUCUAUUGAAGUGUCCUAACAUAUGCAUAUAUUUUUAAAUGAAUUUGAGAUGAUGAACGCAUUGUUACAUUGUAGAACUUUGCUUAAAAUUUUAGAGGGUUUUAAAAAAAUUAUGCCACAAUUUGUUGAGUUUAAUAUUUUGUUGUGUUUAUGAUUUACCUUUGUAAUUGUAUACUAAGGAGAAAUUUUACCCUUGUUAAGCAUUCCAUGUGAUUCAACUUGUUACAACUUUUUAAAAUUCUAUUGAAGGUUCAAUACAUUUAUGAACAUUUUUAAUUAUUAUUUCAAAUAAAUAUAUGAAUUAAGAG